AUGGGCGACAUAAUUUUACACAGCCGCCACGCCACCUACCGGACACAAGCACCCAACCGUCACGCCACCUACCGGACACAAGCACCCUACCGUCACGACAUCCUCCAGACACAAGCACCCAACCGCAACCCCACCUUCCGGCCACGAGCAACCGACCGCCACGACCCCUACCGGGCACGCGCCGCGUCCGGUCACCACUCCUACGGGACGCGCGUCGCGUCCGGUCGCCGCCCUUACGCGCGCGCCUCCAUAUCGCCUGCCACGAUCACGACCGCCUGCGGCUCUAGCGGCGGCGGCGGCAUCUGCAGCGCCGUGCGGCGGGCGACGUCGGCCGAGCGCGCGGCUCUGUUCGCUUACCAGCCGACGCGUCUGUUCGUGCCGACGCGCCUGCACGUCGGCCCGCCGACCGGCCGACCGAGCGGUCACGGGUUCACGCGCGACGACCGUCGGCUGCGCGUCGUCGCCUCGCCGACGACGACGACGACGUUUCUGUCGCAGCGCACGCUACCAGAUGGCGCCGCCGUCGUGCAGGCCGCUUCCGGUGUCUCGCGCGUCGGUACGGUGGCGGCCCGCGACGACGGUCGUCAUGGCGACGGUCACCGUGGUUACGGGGUGCGCGUCGGCCACGGCGAUUUCGUCGACAUCGACCGACGAUACGCGGGGAAGUUCGGCUUUCAGCGCGUGCGCUUCGAUUCCCUGCCCGUGCACGUCGGCCCCGCAAGCGCCCUACCCUCGUCCUCCAGGUUCUCUCGUCGCGCCUCCUCGCUCUCUCAGCUAGCCGCGCGCGCUCAGGGUAGAGUCGCUCCUUCGUCGUACGUGAUCGCCGCGAGGGGGCGCGUAGAGGUUGGCGGCGCGGGACGGUACGGUGACCGGGAAGUCGUCGUCGUCGCUGUAGAUCCGACGCCGGCGCAGCACGGACGACGCGUCGUCACGACGGUCGAGCACGGCCGACCGACGCGCGUCGUCGUCGCCACUGCCGACAGCGACGACGGUGGCUACGGCGCGUCGGCAGCCGACGAAACCGGCCAUCUUGUCCGCCGACAACCGACGUACGUGAUUCGCAGCGGAAGUACGAGCGGAAGUGACGCGCAACGCCACGGCGGAUAUCCGCAAGGGGGAGGGGUGUCUCAGUAUGGUGGUUCGAGCGCAGGGUUGCCGGCGGCGGCGGCGGGGGAGGGGGAGGAGGUUUCGGGGGCGGUGACGGAGGGAGGCGGGGGAGGGUCGCAGCCGAUUAAACUACCCGGAUUUGUAGCCGACGAUUUUGGCGACGUCUUCGUGGGAACGACGUUCAAAUCUCACUUCUACACGGGCGCUGACAACACAGAGUAG